AGGGAAAUGCAAAAUGAAAAUAUUUUUGCAGUUUGGAGGUAUGACGGGAUGAUGGUUUACGAACAAAUAGUCGAAGCGACAGAGGGAUUUAAUUCUAAGUAUUGCAUCGGAGUAGGAGGAUAUGGAGUUGUUUACAAAGCGAAGUUGCCUAGCACUGGCCAAGUUGUUGCCGUGAAGAAACUUCAUCCUUUACAAGAUGACGAGUCCAUGGACAAUUCAAAAGCUUUCGAAAGUGAGGUUCGAGCAUUGACGGAAAUAUGCCAUCGAAACAUUGUGAAGCUUUAUGGGUUUUGCUCACAUGUAGAGCAAUCCCUUCUUGUUUACCAGUUUAUAGAGAGAGGAAGCUUGGGGAAGAUGCUAAGCAAUGGUAAUCGAGAACAAGCAAUGGAGUUCAACUGGAGUAGGAGGGUAAAUGUGGUGAGAGGAAUUGCAAAUGCUUUGUCCUACAUGCACCAUGAUUGUUCACCCCCCAUAAUUCAUCGUGACUUAUCCAGUAACAAUGUUUUGUUGGAUUUGGAGUACGAAGCUCAUGUGUCUGAUUUUGGGACUGCUAGGCUUUUAAAGCCCGAUUCCUCCAAUUGGAGUUCAUUGGCUGGGACGAUUGGAUACACAGCUCCAGAACUUUCCUAUACGAUGAAAGUGACGGAGAAGUGUGAUGUUUAUAGCUUUGGAGUAGUGUCAAUGGAAGUAAUUAUGGGAAGGCAUCCAGGUGAUCUUAUCUUAUCUCUACCAUUCUCCUCGUCAUUACCAUCAACAUCAUCAUCAUUAUCCACUCACCAUGUACUGUUGAAAGAUGUGGUAGACCAACGUUUAUCACCUCCUACAAAUAAACUUGCAAAUGAAGUGGUCUGGAUUGUGAAGCUAGCAUUUGCAUGCUUGUACUCUAAUCCUCAAAUUCGACCAACAAUGCGACAAGUUUCACAAAAAUUAGCAGUUAAAAAGCCACCUCUGCAAAAGUCAUUCUCCACACUUACACUGAAUGACAUCUUGGCGACAGAUAUCUAA